GUGUCGCCCACCAGUGUUACCACGGCUUUAUCAAGUCCGUCCAGGAAGGGAACAUUCAGUGGGAGAGCCGCACCUAUCCCUAUCCCGGGACUCCCAUCACCCAGCGCUUCUCGCACAGUGCUUGUUACUAUGAUGCCAAUCAGUCCAUGUACGUCUUCGGGGGCUGCACCCAGAGCAGUUGCAACGCAGCUUUUAACGACCUCUGGAGACUUGACCUGAACAGCAAGGAAUGGAUCCGGCCCCUGGCCUCAGGUUCCUACCCGUCGCCAAAGGCCGGAGCGACCCUUGUUGUGUAUAAGGACCUGCUGGUGCUGUUCGGCGGCUGGACGCGGCCAAGCCCUUACCCCCUGCAUCAGCCGGAGAGGUUCUUUGACGAAAUACACACCUACUCGCCUUCCAAAAAUUGGUGGAACUGCGUGGUGACCACCCACGGCCCUCCACCCAUGGCCGGCCACUCCUCCUGUGUGAUCCAGGACCGGAUGAUUGUCUUCGGAGGCUCUCUGGGGUCGCGGCAGAUGAGCAGCGACGUCUGGGUCCUCGAUCUGGAGCACUGGACCUGGUCCAAGCCGAACAUCUCCGGGCCUGGGCCUCAUCCGCGAGGAGGCCAAUCCCAGGUGGGGCAGUGCGUGGUCGUCUUCAGCCAAGCCCCCAGCGGGAGGGCGCCGCUCAGCCCUAGCUUGAACUCUCGUCCUUCUCCCAUCAGCGCCACACCGCCCGCCCUGCUUCCCGAGACACGAGAAUGCCGCUCUCAGUCUCCAGUUCGGACCGCUGAUGAGGCUCCAUGCGUGAAUGGCCGCUGGGGCACCCUGAGACCCCGAGGGCAGAGGCCGACGCCCUGCGUGUCCCGGGAAGGAAGCCUGUCGCCGGCCAGGGACGAUAGUUCGCCGGUGCUGAAUGGCAGCGAGGCCUUGUCUCCUGGCAUCACCGCCGCCGUGGGUGGGGUUUCUCCAGACAGCCCUCUCCAGCUGCUCUCGCCCAGCACGGCUUCCAUUGCCGAAGGCUACGAGCCAAAGGCGGGCCUUUCUUUGGCACCCAGACGGGGUUCUCUCCCCGAUCAGAAGGACCUGCGCCUGGCAGCCGUAGACUUGAACUGGGAGGCUAAACCCCCUUCUCUGGUCUGCCAGCUGGAUGGUGCGGAGAGCAGGACGGUUGGCACGAUAGGCCUCAGGAAUCCCCCGGAUCAGACCAACGGCAUUCACACCCCGCCUCAUGUGUCCAGUUGCCUGACAGGAGCCGUCUCUCCUAGUGCGCUGCGGCGGAGCCUAGAGGCAGUCCAAGCGCUCUCUUCCAAGGCCCUGCCCACUCUGGCGGUCAGAAGCCCGCCCAGAGGGUCCUCGCCAGGGUCCCCAGGCAGCCAGAGCAGCGCCAACCCCGCCGAAGCCGCCGUCUCUGCUACCGCUCGAUCCAGCUCUGCCCAAGGGGACGCUCAUGCCUUACCACCCAUUGCUCGUCGCCUGGGCCAUCACCCGCCUCAGUCGCUGAACGUGGGCAAGCCCCUUUACCAGAGCGUGAACUGCAAGCCCAUGCAGAUGUACGUGCUGGACGUGAAGGAGGUCAAAGGGCGCGGACGGGUCCAGUGGAAGGUGUUCCAUGGUAGCUCGGUGGUGGGGCCCCCCGAGACUAGCUUGCACACAGUGGUCCAGGGGCGGGGGGAAGUCAUCAUCUUUGGCGGCUUGAUGGACAAGAAGCAGAACGUCAAGUACUAUCCCAAAACGAACGCCUUGUACUUUGUGCGGGCAAAGAGAUAAUGCGGCCGGGGCCUCCUCCCCUCUUCGGCUGCCCUAGCUCGGAGGCUCCACUCAAGCAGUUAGCCCAGUCCCGGGCAUGCUGUCAAGCAGGCUGUGAAUGUGGCAUUCCACCCACUAAUAAAGAGAUCUAAGCAAAUGGCA